AUGGAAAUCGAAAUCUUCAUAAAGAAUAAAAAAGCCCUCAUAAAACCCGUAAAUGUAAACGAUAGCGAGAUAAAUAUUGGUAAAAUAUUGAGGAAGAAUAUAUCAAACUACAGAACAAAUAUGCCACCUCCACCAAGACCUCGUACAUCAACUUCCGGACGUCCAAGUGCUCCUGCUCCAAUGAGCGAACGUCAACAGAUGGCUUUGUUGAUGCAAAUGACAUCUUCCAGUGAAGCUGAAUUGAGUCCAAACAGUCAAAGUGGAAAGCCAAAAGAUAGAAACGAACGUGGUGAAACUGGUUUGCAUAUUUGCGCCAAAAAAGGCGACCUUGAUGGAGCGAAGAAGCUGUUAGAGCAAGGAACAAAUCCAAAUGUGACAGAUUUUGCUGGCUGGACGCCACUUCAUGAAGCUGCCAAUCAUGGACAUUAUCAUGUAGCUCAACUUCUCUUAAAACACGGUGCUAAUGUCAAUGCAACUGGACUUGAUGACGUUACUCCAUUACAUGAUGCUGCCAGUAUCGGUAAUCAAAAACUCGUAAAGCUUCUUAUUGAUAAAGGAGCUGAUCCACUAUUUAAGAACAAAAAAGGAAAAACUGCCCAAGAUGUGGCUCAUCCAUCGUUAGCAAACUUCUUGAGAACAACAUUAGAAAUGGCCAAUAAACGUGAACCACACCAACAACAGCAACAAAAUCAAAACCCAAAGAAAUCUUCAAGUGGAGAAGUGAAGAAAUCAAACGAGAAUGAAGAGUCGGCGACUGCACCACCAUCAGAUGUUUACGAAUUCGUUUCAACUCCAAAACAUUCGUCAUGCAGUUCUGGGUCGGGCGAUGAAAAUCCAAGCAAAACAUCAGAAAAAUCUUGUGAUGACAAAAGUGGAACAGAAAGUGACACAACAACGACAAAUCAACAUCAGAAACGAGCAAUUGGCGAACAAAAGGAUCAAUCAGAUGAAAGUUCAUCGACUGCUGAUGAAGAUGCGAAACGAAAGAAACGAAAAGAUUCUGAACAGAAAGAUGGAAAUAAGACGACGAGUGGAAGUAAUCGAAUGACUUCAAGAAUUGGACAAAAGCCACCGGGACCAGCUUCAAAGACAAUGAAUUUAAUGAACAAAAACACGACAAUGACAACAUCAACAACAAGUAGCAGUAACAACAGCAACAGCAGCAGCACAAACGCAUUGAGCGAUCGGAAAAGUCCUUGCGAGAUGUCAACGAAAUCAGCAACGGAAAGUGACACAGAAAAAGAUGAAGAUGGAAAGGAAGGUCCAAAGGUGCCGCCACUUAAGAUUGUGAUACCUCAACAAGCUCCUGGCACGACGCAAACAGAGACACAAGAAACUCAAAACAGCAAUCAACGAAACAGCAAACAACCGACGACGACAACAUCGCGUAGUCAUCCUUACGUCGUCACAUCAUCGAAUUCAAAUGACGGAACUUCCAGCGACAAAGACUGUGCUGGUGGAACAACAACAAGAAGUCACAGUCCAUCAGCUGACUCCAAUAAGUCUGAUGAUGCAAGCAAAUCAAGUGUCGUCAACGUUGGCAUUGGUGGUGGAAAGUCGAAGGAACCUCGAAUAUUAAGAAGUUCAAGAAAAGAUGCAAAAGACGAUCGCGGAUCGAAUAAUUCUUCACCUCAAUUACCAACCAGCUCAACUCCAUCACCAGCAACACAAAAUAUUGAAUCAAAGAGAAAAAUUAAAGCGAGUAGUCGAGAACCAGCAGCAGUCGUUCCAUCGUCAGUUGACAUGAAAGACUCGAAUUCGAAGGAUGGUCAAGAGAAGAGUGAACCAGUUCAUCCUCAUGAUCAGCCAUUUACGAAUUGUUAUCAAAUGUACAUCGAUUUAAGGAAGCAGAUUGAGCAACGUCAUCGGAAUCUUCAUCCCGUUGAGCCGCGACCGUUGAAAGGUCUCGAAGAUUAUCUCAUGAAUCGUCGGACUUAUUUGUUGCAAGGAAAAACUUCAAUGGAGCCAAAUAUCAUCAUUCCACCCCUACUGCCAACACAAAUGAAAGAAACUUUCGUUGAUCAAGAGAAAGAACGUCACAAACUCAGAUUGCGUCACAUUGUCGAGAAAGAGAAGCUCGUGCUAUCGAAGGAACAGGAAAUCAUUCGUGUUCAUUGUAAAGCAGCUCAAAUGCAAGCCAAUCAACCUCAUCCCUUCUCUGUCUGCACAAUUUUGAAGGACGAAGAAGUUUACAAUCCAAUCACAACUGAACAUGAAGAACGUUACAAUAAUCGAAGCUUUUUCAAGGAGUUGAAGGAACUUGAUGACAAAUAUGAUAAAAUUAAGGAAGCGAUGAUUAUUCGACACACAAACGAAGCUGAAAGUCUCAUGGCGGUUCAAAAGAUGGAUUGGGGAUGGAAGUUGAAAGAACUUGCGCUAAUCGAGUACAAAACAAAUCCAGAAAUUGAGGAACUUUUCGUUCCUAUGGUUGAAGUGUCGGAUGUUUGUGAUGAAUACACGGCACCG